AUGGCCGAGGCGCGAAUCUCGGUACUCUGCAGCGGGAAUGGGUCGAAUCUACAGGCGCUCAUUGAUUCAUGCGCCUCCGAUGCGUCUGAUAGCAUUCGAGGCAAAAUCGUGAAGGUCACGGUGAAUAGGAAAGGAGCAUAUGCGGUGACGCGGGCUGAAAAAGCUGGCAUCCCUACGGAUUACUUUAAUCUAGUCAAGGAUGGAUAUCACAAACUCGGCGAAAAAGACGCAGCUGUGCUCAAGGAAGCAAGGCUAAAAUAUGACGCCGAUUUGGCAGAGAGAAUACUGCAGGACAAGCCAGACCUUAUUGUUCUGGCAGGUUGGAUGCACGUCUUGACGACAAAUUUCUUACGUCCGAUCAGCGCUGCUGGUGUGCCGAUUAUCAAUCUCCAUCCCGCUUUACCAGGAAAAUAUGACGGUGCGGGUGCAAUUGAUAGGGCAUACGACGACUUCAAGGCUGGAAAGCUCGAGGAUAAUACAACUGGCAUAAUGAUUCAUUAUGUUAUUGCUGAAGUCGACCGCGGCGAACCUAUUUUGGUUCAGAAGAUCAAGAUUGAAGAGGGAGAGAGUCUGCACGAUCUCGAGCAGAAGAUCCACGGAUAUGAGCACGAAUUAAUCGUGAAAGCAACUGCGCUAUUAGCGGAAAAAAUAUCUACUACAAAGGCAUCUAAGACAUAG